CUGCCCGCCUUCCUGACUCGACAUGCUGCCCUGGAACGCCCGGCGGUGGGGCGCGGGUGAAGAGCAGGCGCCCAUGGAACGAUGCCCCUCGGCGGACAGCGGCCUCUCCCAGGCCUGGGACUCCGGAGAGGAAGCCCUGGUGGAGCCAGGAACAGCCACAGAGGGCAGCCCCCAGCCCUGGCGUCGAAGACUUUCCUGGACUCGGAAAGAGCAGCUGCGGCCUCGGCUCCUCCCAGGCCUGGCUGCCAAGCAUUCCCCGGGAACUCCAGUUCCUUUCUCCCCUCAGAGGACUUGGGGGGUGGCACCAUCAAAGAUGACCCUGUUAGCGCCCUGGGACCCCAACUAUGAGGCUGCAGCAGGACGUCGGCUGGUGUGGGGACCUAGCUGUGCAUCUGGCAUCUCCGUAUCAGGCCGGACCUUGUACCAUCCCUCAUUCUGGCCUCUGUACCAGGCAGCCUCAUGCAGGGGCCUCAGGCCCGGUCUAGCAGGAUGUUGGCGUGAAGAGCAAGUGCCCAGGGGUGCAGGGUUCCCGGUGAUGUGCUCUGAAGAUGUCUUCUUUUUGGACCGUCUGCUGCCCCGUGGGCAGCGUGUUCCCCUGUACCUGUCUGAGGCCUCUCAGCAGGUGAGCGCUCCUGCUGCCUCCGCCUCACCCCAGCCUUCAGGCAGGGCUUUCCGGGAGACACUGCCCCUCCUCUCUCCUCAGGUGAUGGGGUCUCUGAAGCUGCUGCUCCCACGCCCGAUCAUGUCCCCCUGGCUCCUCCCCAUUCCGACUUCGCGCUGCUCCACUGCUUGGCUCAGUGGACCAGAGCUAAUCGCCCUCACUGGCCUCCUGCAGAUGAGCCAGGGGGAACCGAGACCCAGCACCUCAGGGGCUCCCGGGCUUCCUUCUGGUCCCCCAGCCCUUGCCUCUGGUCACCCAGCUGCCAGUGGUGGCUCGGGCUGUUCUCACUGCGGGGAACCAUCUCUCCCCGGGACCCCAGACGCCCAAGGUCCAUAGCUCCUCCAGGGACAGAAUGGGCCCUCUACUUCCCCAGGCAGGUUCUAUUGAUAAUAAAACUGUUGGUU